AUGGUUCAAGCUGCCAUGUUGGCCGCCGAUGCAACCACUCUGCUGCCAAAAGGACAGGCCUUGAUGGCCCAAAUGCAGGCAGACAACAUGGAGCUGAAGAAAGAGAUCAAGCGCUUCAAGUCGCUGAACAUCGCGCUUCAGCAGGCCAUCGACAACCAGCUGCAAAGGCUCCCGGCAGAACUGCAGUUGGCUGGUUCCACUGCAGCGCCGACAACGCGUCUGGCUCAAGCUUGCGGUGCUCUGAAGACCAGAGCCCAAGAGUUGGAGCAUCAGAUUGCGGAGAAGCGCGAGCGAAAGCUGCGGAUGCAGCGGGAGCUUGAGGAGAAAAAAGCCAAGCUGAAGAUGAUGGCCUUGUCAACCACGCCUGCCAAGUUGAAUGGCAGCCCAAUCCAGCUGACUCCAGCGUCUGGGACGUGCAGUGGCAACAGCAACAUGAGCCAAAUCAGUCGUAGGGAAGCGGCGCUGCUUCUGCAGCAGGAUCUCUUCCGAAAGAGAUUUCUGCUUAGACGCGACUACAAAGGGCCCAGUGCCAGUAACUGA